AUGGCGGCCCUUGCGUGUUGUCUGGGGUUUCUUCGCGGUCCAUGGUUGUCAAGGGCAGGCUCUGGCCUUUCUGCAUUAUCUGCAUUGCCACCUGGAUUGCAGAAACAUCGCCAAGUUCAUCACGCGCUCAUCCCUCAUGGAAGAAGUGGAAGGUCCUCUGUUAGUGGCAUUGUCGCCACUGUCUUUGGAGCUACAGGCUUCCUAGGGCGAUAUGUUGUCAAUCGUUUAGGUCGCAUUGGCUCUCAAGUAAUCAUCCCCUAUCGCUGUGAUCAGUAUGACCUCAUGUAUCUGCGGCCGAUGGGUGACCUGGGGCAACUUCUCUUCUUAGAGUGGGACUGUAAAGAUAAAGACUCUAUCCGAAGAGCUGUGGAACACAGCAAUGUGGUCAUUAAUCUUGUUGGAAAGGAGUGGGAAACAAAAAACUUCAGUUUUGAAGAUGAAUUUGUAAAUAUUCCUAGAAGUAUUGCCCAGGUAACUAGAGAAGCUGGUUUGGAAACACUUGUGCAUAUAUCUCAUCUGAAUGCGAGCAUGAAGAGUCCUUCCAAAUACCUCAGAAGUAAAGCAGUUGGAGAGAAAGCAGUGAAGGAAGAAUUUCCAGAUGUUAUAAUUUUGAAGCCGUCUGAGAUGUUUGGGAGAGAGGACCGCUUUCUCAAUCAUUAUGCAAACAUGCGCUGGUUUGGUGGUGUACCUCUUAUUUCUCUGGGAAAAAAAACAGUGAAGCAACCGAUAUAUGUAGUUGAUGUUGCAAAGGCAAUUAUUAAUGCAAUUAAGGAUCCUGAUGCUAAAGGAAAAACGUAUGCCUUGGCUGGACCUAAUCGAUACCUCCUUUAUGACUUGGUGGAGUACAUCUAUGCUGUUUCUUUUCGAACCUUUUUUCCAUAUCCACUUCCACGACCUCUUUAUCACUUAAUUGCAAGAUGCUUUGAGAUUAAUCCAUUUGAACCAUGGUUAACACGAGAUAAAGUGGAUCGGUUUCACACAACUGACAUGACAUUUCCUGAUCUCCCUGGUCUGGAGGACCUGGGUAUUCAAGCAACACCUCUAGAACAAAAAGCAAUUGAAGUUCUGCGCCGUCACCGUAGAUUCCGCUGGUUGGAGGCUGAGCUAGAGGAAUCAAAACCAGCAAAGACUUAUCCCAUGUAACAGUUGCCAAGGUUACUCAUGCUUCCUAAACUGCUUCCCUGUAACCUAGUUUGAAGAACUGUGUACACACUGAGUAAAAUCUGUUAAUCACGUAAACUGUA